AUGAAUCGGACGCAGGUUUUUAUCACUGAUACAAACAAGACUCCGCUGAUAGAACUGUUUGUUUGGGUCCCAUUAUCAAUUUCAUGCCUUGGAGUGGCUGCUCGGCUGGCUACAAAGAUAGCGAUUUUCAAAAAAUUACACUUGCAAGAUCAUCUAGUCUCUAUAUCUCUUCUUCUAGCAAUUGGUCAAUCAAUUGCAGUCACCAUACAGUAUUCGAACGGUUACGGUCAACACCUCUCUACACUGAGCACCUCUCAUCAAGAAGGACUAUUAAAAGCCGGAUAUGCCGCAAACCUACUAUUUAUUGCCAGCUUGUGUUUUGUCAAACUGUCGAUCGCCUUAUUCAUUGACAACUUGACGCCAAUCACUCGAGAAAGACAGGCCGCCAGAGUCAUUGGGUUAAUAAUAUUGCUAUGGACGAUCUCUUCAAUCUUCUCUUCCGCUUUUCAAUGUUCGGUGCCUAGGCCUUGGGAUAGAAUCAAUGGAUCGUGCAUCAACCAAAAAGCGUUUGGGAAUUACUAUGCGGCUGUGAAUAUCAUAACAGAUUUUAGUUUGAUUUUGAUGGUUGUAGCUAUUGCAACUCACAUUCAAACCUCUCGGCUCAGAAGAUUUGCCAUAAUGGUCAUCUUUGGCAUUCGGAUAUGUGUCAUUGCGGCAACUGGUGUUCAAAUCUAUUAUUUGAACAAACCCUCAAAAGAUCUAGCCUUUGACCCAUGGCCAGAAGCAAUUAUCACACAGAGCGUCCUGUGUCUCAGUAUUCUUACUGCUUGUCUUCCAUAUCUGUAG